GACAAACAAUUAUUCCAGGACGAGGAAGUGAGAGUCGUCGCAGUUUCGUUUCCCUCAGUGAACAUUUAAAUUUGGAUCUGCGCCUUUUCAUUAAAAAGGAGAAGUGCUACCGAGUUUGACAUUAUGUCGAAAAUAGAUAUUAGAAUGCGACUAGGUGAGAAUCGCAGUUAGAAAAGCUUUAUGCAUAUAACAUAAAGGACUUGCAGUGCGUCGGUUGCCAGCCCAGCAAUUAUGGCAGAAGCCGAUGUGGUAACGGAAGAGAACGUGUAUCGGGAGGAUGUGAUUGAGCAUCGCGAUGCGGCCCCAAACGGCGAAAUUAAUAACGACGAACUGUUACCUGUGGGCCCAGAAGGGAAUAUACAAGGACAGAUGGAGGAGUUCCUUGGCCCUCAGCCAGAGUACGAUGAGGAGGAGGAGGAGAAGAAGUACUACAGGAGAAAGAGGCUGGGCGUGAUAAAGAAUGUCCUUGGGGCCAGUGUUGGGGGAAUGAUCAUAUACAGCGUUUAUUUGGGCCUGUUGCAGAUGCAGCUGAUUUUGCACUAUGACGAGACCUACAGAGAGGUGAAGUAUGGUAGCCUGGGCCUUGAGGACAUCGACAGGAAGAUGCUGAUGGGGAUCAAUGUAACGCCUAUCGUAGGCCUGCUGUACACCCCGGUACUGAUCAGGUUUCUGGGCACCAAGUGGAUGAUGUUUCUGGCCAGUGGAAUUUAUGCUCUCUUCGUCUCGACCAAUUACUGGGAGCGAUACUACACCCUGGUACCAUCGGCCGUUGCUAUUGGUGCAGCCAUUGUUCCACUGUGGGCAUCAUUAGGGAACUACAUCACAAGGAUGGCACAGCAGUACUAUGAGUAUGUCAACUAUAAGGACGAUCAAGUUCAGGAACAGAAGAAGGUGCCUGAGGGGGCGUAUAACCGCUACAUCAUCAUCUUCCAGUCUGUGUUUUACAUCAUCUUUCAUCUCAGUCUGGUGUUUGCCGAGUUCCCGAUGCGUAUCUUUCUCCAUGAUUUCCUCAGCGACUACAACCACACCCUGUUCAAUGUCAAACACUGUGGUGCGGAGAGCAGUGGUAUGAUCGAGGGUUUCAACAAGACGGUUCUGAAUCACCUCCCGCGUUCUAUUCUCCUCAUCCAGGUGGAGAGCGUCCUGAUGGGGGCCGCCUUCCUCUCCAUGAUCAUAUUCCUGGUGUUAUGUGGCCCUGCCUACCGCCCCACAGAGGAGAUAGACCUGAGGAGUAUCGGCUGGGGCAACAUAUUCCAGUUACCAUUCAAACACCUGAGGGACUAUCGAAUCCGACUCCUCAUUCCCUUCUUCAUCUACAGCGGCCUGGAGACACUUUUCGCCGUCACUGGACUGACUCUGUCAUACGGUGUUUGCACGGUGGGUCUGGAGUGGCUGUUUCUCCUGGUCAUGAUCUACGGCUUGUCCUGCUCCCUAUUCUCCUGCCUGUCCCUGUCCCUCCUCAAGCUGCCACGCUACGUAACGCUGCUAGGGGGCGCCGCCAUCCACGGGCCCCUGCUGGUGUUUCUUUUCUGCUGGUCCCCGGGACCCAAACAACCCGACAAGCUGGCAUACCUGCUGCUGGUAACCGCCCUGUGGGGAAUCGGCUCCGCUCUGAACAAGACCGGACUGAGCAUUAUCCUGGGUAUGCUGUAUGAGGAUAAGGAGAGGCUGGAUUUUGUCUACACCAUCUAUCAUUGGUGGCAGGCUAUCGCCAUCUUCGUAGUCUAUUUGUGGACCGGCCUCAUCAUGAGGGCCAAACUCUCCAUCCUGUUGGUCACUCUGCUGCUAGCGUGCUUCUGCUAUUGGACAAUGGAGCGUCGCCUAGCAAAGAAAAUCCGUUUCCGGCUGCCUCGUAUUCCCCGGCCCAAACACAAGGUCAAAGGUUACCGUUACCUAGAAGAGGAAAACUCGGAUGAGUCGGACAUGGAGGAUAGCGACAGGAAUGAUGACGAGGACCAAGAGACUCUGGAGGAGUUAACCGAAGAGGCCAGAGAUGAGGAGUCACAGGCCUCUGACUCGCCGAGGGGAGGUGCUAGGGGUCGACGCAGGAGGUGCCAUGAUGAUUACGAGCAAGCAGGAGAGGGGGUGGAUCUUUGAAGGAGAGCGGUGGAGGGAGGAGAACUCUGGGGGUCUUAUUUUUUUACAAAGAUGAACAGGAGGUGUCUUCCCAAAACAAACCCUAAAUGGAAUUGGUUGAUUACUCCACCCAAAAUAAAAAGCAAUUCCUCUCAGCUGCAUGAUCUUUUGUAUCUAGAAAAAGGGGAAUUACUACACUGCUCUAUCACCAGAUUUCACAUGUUCCUGGUCAAUAGGAGAGUAGUAUUUAUGGAAUAUGAUGCGAUUUUCGAAGCAAACAUACUGAAUAGAGAACCAAAAAAAAUUUGAGAAGUUGGGUACAAAUGUUUGACCGAUGUACAAACCCCUUGAUAAAGCAUCAUGUUUUUUAUUGUUGUGUGUGUGUGUGUGGUGUGUGUUUUAUUUGUUCUGUUUUAUUUGUGCUUGUUUUUCUAGUGUUUUGAGUAGCUGACAUUUCAGGUAGUGUAGCUUUUUGUUUUCAAUCUGUGUCAUUUUGUAAAACAUUUUCAUUUACUCAUGAAUAAUUGAAUGUAAAUGGUUCGAUUGGAAUUGUUGCCUUUUUCAGUUGAAAGCAGUUUUUUUUGUGUCCUCAAACAGGUUAUGAAAGACCCAACUUUAUCACCAUGGAAACUUCUCUGAGCAAGUUAACAUGUAUUAAAUAACUCCUACACUGUAAAAAAGUUGGAUAUAAAAAGUAUUCACUUCAUCAGAUACAUGGAGUGGACGUUUA